CGUUGAUCGCAGACGCAGACAUGGCGGCCUACAGGUAGAACACACUGUGUUAAUGUUGAUGUUAAUUUGAGGGUGAUCGGGGAAAAUCAGCAGAUAUGCUCGGACUGACAUUGAAAGAGGUGUCUUUGGCAUUCAGGGAGGGGAGAAUCUCCCCAACUGAGCUCUGUAGGAAGUGUUUGAAUCGCAUCAAAAAAACUCAGCGCCUGAAUGCUUACAUCACCGUGACAGAGGACUUUGCUCUGAAACAGGCUCGACAGUCGGAAGCAAGGCUGCUUCAAGGCAUCCCCAAAGGGCCCCUGGAUGGGAUCCCCUUUGCAGUCAAGGACAAUUUCUGCACUGCCAAUAUCAGGACAACAUGUGCCUCCAAGAUGCUGAAAGACUACACUCCGCCCUACAAUGCUACAGUUGUACAAAAGCUUCUUGACCAAGGGGCUGUGCUGAUGGGGAAGACUAACAUGGACGAGUUUGCGAUGGGGGCAGGCAGUACCGACGGGGCGUUCGGUCCGGUCAGAAACCCGUGGAGCUACGCAGCUUCAUACAGAACACAGGCGGGAGCAGCUUCUGACUCCGACUGGGUCAUCACUGGAGGAAGUUCUGGGGGAAGUGCCGCGGCUGUCGCCUCAUGCACAAGCUACCUGGCUUUGGGUUCAGACACAGGCGGCUCAACCCGUAAUCCCGGAGCGCUGUGUGGAGUUGUCGCCCUGAAGCCCACUUACGGCCUGGUGUCAAGGCAUGGGCUCAUUCCCUUAGUUAAUUCCAUGGAUGUCCCUGGAAUUAUUACACGCAGCGUCGGUGACGCAGCUAUCACCCUGGGUGUCCUCCAAGGCGCUGAUGUUAGAGACUCGACCACAGUUCCUGCCCCGUCAGCACUAACAGAGCUUCCUGAAGACUUUGAUGUCAGGAACAUCUGUGUUGGCAUCCCCAAGGAGUACCAUGCCCCCGGCCUGUCUGAGGAGACCCUGGCUCAGUGGAGUCGUGUUGCAGACUUGUUUGAAAAAGCCGGAGCCCGGGUGGAGCAGGUUUCCCUCCCACACACUCAGUACUCCAUCGUCUGCUACCACGUCCUUUGCCACGCCGAGGUGGCGUCAAACAUGGCCCGAUUUGAUGGACUGGAAUACGGACACCGGAGUGAGAUGAAGAGCUCCACGGAGGUGAUGUAUGCUUCAACUCGACACGAGGGCUUCAACGAUGUAGUCAGAGGGAGGAUUCUUUCCGGGAACUACUUCCUGCUUAAACAGAACUACCAGCACUACUUUGUGAAGGCCCAAAAAGUCCGUCGGCUCAUUGCCGACGACUUCCGGCACGUUUUUGGCUCAGGGAUCGAUGUGCUGCUGACUCCCACGACUCUGACUGAUGCGGCCUGUUACCAUGACUUCACACAGGAAGAUAACCGCACUCGCAGCGCACAGGAAGAUGUUUUCACCCAACCUGCAAACAUGGCUGGCCUCCCUGCCGUCUCUGUGCCAACCGGGUUAUCACAGCGGGGUCUGCCCAUUGGCUUACAGCUCAUCGGCCCCGCCCUGGAAGACAAGAAGCUGCUUUGUGUCGCUCAGUGGGUGGAGCAGAGUGUGGGCUUCCCAUCCAUCAGUGACUGCGAAAACACACAGGAGAGCAGGAAGGAUCCGGGAGCGACCAGGAGAGAGCAGACUUCAGCCGUCUGAGGAGCGCUUUCGAUGCUAUCAAAACUAAAACGACUCCUGAUAUCCUCAUAGGAAGCUCUAUACGGAGUUAUUGGAUCACAAAUUGCAGAUGCUUUAUAGUGAUAAAGUAUAACUACAGAAUGUUGAAACCUGAGUACUGUUUAACUGGGAUGUUGCAUCACAUCCUGUUAAAUAGACAUAAUGUAAAAGCCGGCCUUUCUCAUUAAACUUGUAUAUAUUUACGGAGCCAAAGCUCUUCCACUCUGUCCAUACUGUCCAUCUUUGUCGUUGACUAUGAAAUUCAUUUUGAGAAA